AUGUUAGGACCUAAAGGUAGUAAUAAGUGUUUAGUUAAUGGUGGUAACAUGUUAAAUAUAACUAAGGAUGGUGUAACUGUCUGUAAAGAAGUACCGUUUUCACAACCGACAGCCAGUGUAAUAACUAAUGCAGGCAAGAAUAUUUAUGAACAACUAGGUGAUGGUGUAACAUCAUUUGUUAUACAAACUACAGAUGUAUUCAUGGAAAGUUUUAAAAUGUAUCAAGAUGGUGCACCAAUAAUAAAAAUAGUUGAAGGAUUACAAUUAGCAAUAAGAGAUGUUAUUCAGUACAUAAAAGACUUAACAGUACCACUUGAUGAUAUUUUAUUAAGAAAUAUAGCUUUAUCAAUUUUAAAGUCUAAAAUAAAAGAACCUGAUCAUCUUUUAAACAUAAUUAUGUCAUCAAUAAAAGCUGUUGAAAUAGAUAAAAAAAUGGUUGAAAUAGUAAAAAUGGAUGGAGGUGAUUUGAAUGAAUCUAAAUUUAUUGAUGGAUUAGUUCUUGAUCAUUCUGGAAGACACCUUGAUAUGCCUAAAUCAUUAGAGAAUGUUUGUAUAUUAACCACCAAUAUCUCAAUGGAAUAUGAACAACCAGAAAUAAGUAGUGCUUUUACAUUUUCAUCAAUUAAAGAGAGAAUAGAAAUGGCAAUAACUGAAAAUGAUUAUAUCGCUAAAAGAGCUAAUAAAAUAGCAGAAAUUGCUAAAGAAUUGAAAGAAGAAGGAAAAUCUUUAUUAGUUGUUAGUGAAAGAGGAAUUGAUAUGAAUAGUUUAUCAAUUUUAGCAGAUGCAGGUGUAUUAGCCUUAAGAAGAGCUAAAAGAUCUAAUAUGGAUAGAAUAACUAAGAUGUGUGGAGGAUCAAUUGUAACGACAUAUGAAGGAAUUAAUAGAGAAAUGCUUGGUUAUUGUAAUAAAGUUUCAGUAAUUGAAAUGGAUGAAGAGAAAUGCACUUUUAUUGAAGGAGUUCCUUUUAAAACAUCCUGUACAAUUCUUAUUAGAGGAAGUAUUGAUUUUAAAAGAAUUCAAGUUUUAAUGAAAGGAAUUAUAACAAGUCUUAGACAAGUUAUUAAAGAUAAAAUUUGUAUCAGAGGAGGGAAAACACUUUAUUUAAAUUUAAUAACAAAAUUACAAUCAAAAUUAGAAACAAUUGAAGAUCCAUCAAAAAUUCUUGGUUAUAAAAUUUUAAUAUCCGUCUAUGAAAAUUUUAUUAAGACAUUUUUAAGAAACGAGGGUGCUGUUAUUUAUAAAGAAAUGGCUAAAUUGAAAGUUAACGGAGAAGAUGAAAGAAUAUUUGAAAAUGUAAGAGUGGUUGAGAAUGUUUUAUCUAAUUCUGUUUAUAAUGCUAUUUCUUUGCUUAUGUGUGAUGAAAUGGUUGUUACUGGUAAACAAUUAAAAAUUGAUUAA